GUGUCUUUUUUGAUCCCGGAAUGUGGCGUGCUGCCUGAGGUGCUGAGAGGUGCUAUUGCUGACCUUGGGGAGUACUACCUGGUGAAGAAUUUAUCCGUGCAUGAAUUGGUCUCUCAUGAGUUCAUUGAUGCUUUUGUGAAGAAAGGUUCUUGCUAUGCCCUCACCUACAACACAAGGAUUGACCAGGACAACACUGCAGCUCUGCUGCCAAAUGGAAAACUAAUUCUGUCAGUGGAUAAGGAUACCUAUGAGGAGCUUGGGCUGCAAGGUCGCCCCUCUCAGUAUUCUGGCAGAAAGGCAAUGAGAUACAUUAUUACUAUUGACUUGACUGAUUCCAGCUUUCACCCUGAUAGCAAGAGACAUAACAGAGUGCUCUGGGCCCUGAGGGACAAGAAACCUCUGGAGUUUGACUUCCUGCUGGCCUGGCACCACACAGGUGCAGAGGGACCAACAUUGAUGUCAUACUUCUCAAAAAACCAAAUACAGGCCCUGAAGCCAAAAACAACAUUCAGCACGUUAAGGGACUUGCCGUGUCCAGUGCUGGAAAGUCAGGAACUGCAGGGCAAGCCAGAGGAGUCCUGCAGCACUGAGGAGCUCUUUGAAUGGCUGGGGGCUGUCUUGAAUCAAGUGAGCUUAGACAACAAAUCAUCUAGCUUCUUAUCAACCUAUUGCUGUCCUGAGCCCAGCAUGGUGGUGGAAAAAGCUUUUUUGUGCACAAUUACAGGCUUUAUCAUUCCUGAGAAGAUAAUUCAGUUAUUGGAGCAGCUAUGUUGCUAUUUUGGUGAACCCAAACUGGCCUGUUGGCUGACCUUAACAGUGCAUGGCUUUGCAGACAGCCCUGUUGCCUGGAGAGAAAGUGAACACGGAUUCCACAAGGGAGGAGAGAACUUGUACAACUUUGUCAUUUUUAGAAAUCUGGACUACUGGCUUCAGAUGGCUGUGGGAACUCAUGAUGAUUGUCCUCCAUAAAGCUACGUCUGCAGAAGUCUUGUAAUAAUCCCAUGUUACUGCACAGAAACCUAGUAAGAUAGUUUUUAUAAAAGUAAUUAGGGAACAAGUUAAGUA